CCCUCACCAAAACAAUGUGUAGAGAGAGGUGUUGCGUAUUGGUCAAUUCCGGCCUGUUUUUUCUCCUACGUAUAGGCACGUACAAGCAGCGAGUACCCCAUACGACGUGUGUCUGACGAACAUUGGGUGCAAGAGAGAAAAAGAGUUUCCAAUACAACACAAUACAACACAACACAACACAACAAAAUCGUCACGAUCGUCACAAGAGAUGCCUCCACGUGGUUUCACAAAUCCGGCCCCCAAAACUGAAAGUGCUCGCGAGGCUGUUAAAUCUUUCUAUUGCGAAUUAUGCAGCAAAGGGUACGCUCGAAUGAACGAAUAUGAGGCCCAUCUCUCUUCAUACGACCACUCUCAUAAACAACGUCUUAAGGACAUGCGACAAUUAACACGCGAUCCAAUGGCCUCUAGCAAAGCUCGAAAGGCAGAAGCGAAAGCCAACUCGCAGUCUGGGUUGAUCUCAAUAAAGUUGGGUGGAGAAGCAAGCUCAAAUACUGGAGCUACUGCUGGAGGUUUCAAGAAAGGGGGUUUCAAGAAAUCGGGGUUCAAAAGUGCUUUUGCUCCUGUUGACGGGGGCGGAGCUGACGCACCCGUGAAUGAUGAAAUUGAAGAAAAGGUUCAAGUAGGCAGAGGCCUUGGAGUCAAGGAAGAUGGUUUAGAAAGCGAUACCGACGAUGAACAAUACGGGUAUGAGAUGUACGAUCCGAGAUAUCCCACGGAUUGAGAAAGAUUGGACACUGAAGAAUUGUAUCCAUACGAGCUAAAGCCUCGAGCAGUGUAUAGUCCGAAGGCUCGAAACGUCUCAUAAAACUCGCAUAGCUUUGUCUUGCAUAAAAGUUCUGCUGGAAGAAUUCGGGCAUGACACCAGCAGUAAGGCAUCGAUUCUAUGCAUCCCGACGAAAAGAGAUGAACGUUUAUGGUCACAAUUAUGGAGAUCAACAUCACGAUAUUCUGAAUUACAGAGUACCAACUAGCCAGAAAACAUAAUCACCUAUUGCAUGUUGGCAAGGCACAUAUCUUUUCCCAACGCGAAGGUUAGUAGUUGACCUCGAACACGAUCCCUUGCUUCUGGCAUCGCGAAAAGCGAAAAGUAACGAGGAUUUGAGGAGCCAAGGAAUUCUUGAGCGCUCAUUGCGCCUCUUCGUGCUCUAGAGGACACAUUAGUUUGAGAGCUAUUUAGACCUCAAGCUUCACACGGAUGAUUGCCCACAACGGCAAUUGGCUCUGUAAUGAAGAGCAUCGCAAUGGUUUUUCGAGUGGUCAAACUUUAAAGGGCUAAACUGGCGUCUAGAGCAUAGUUGGGUGACGUUCUAGGUCAAAUUGAUUGGUUCAGUGAUAUGCGAAGGUAUCCGUGACAGUCAGAGGGUGAGAUUCGGACUCAAAUGAUCAGAAUAGUAAGAAUGAAUCAUAGUUAGCAUUAUUCUUGUCCUACAAGCCGUCGGUAAGUCUUUAGACAGCAUGCUUGACAUAAUUUUUUAGAUUUACAUACGUUGUAUGCGAAAAGAAGCUGCGAAAAGAAUCAUGAACUCAUCCAUAUAU